AUGGCGGCAACACCGGCCUGGGACAGGGAGGAAUCCCUCAUUUUCUUCCAGCAGCUGCUCUUCCUCCACGGCGUCCUCCUCGCCGCCUACUCCUGGUACGCGAACGGCGGCGCCGGGUGGUCGCGCGGCGCGGUCGCCGAAUGGGUGGACGCGGCCGCGCGCACGGUGUCGUGGCUGCUGCUCGCCGCGUACCUGCAGUUCGAUUUCGGGCGGCGUCAGCGGCGCCAGGAGCGGUUCCCCGCGCCGCUCAGGCUUUGGUGGGCGCUCUUCAUGCUGCUCUCCGUCGUCGCCGUCGGCGUUCACGCGGCGACGAGUCUGGACGGGUUCCUCGUGCCCGCUCGGUCGUGGGCGCUCGACGCAGUCUCUGUUACUGCAGCAGUGGUUCUACUCUCAGCUGGGUACUUCCUCGGAAGGAAGGAGGGAGAAGGACGCGGCCAUGCUUCCGAGAAGCAGGAGCCUCUGCUUAACGGCUCACACGAGGCGGCCGAUGACGACGACGAGAACAGCAGCAGCGCCUCCGACGCAUCCUUGUUCACUGGCGCCGUAUUUCUUAGCGUGCUCACCUUCUCUUGGAUGGGGCCCCUGCUCGGCGUGGGCCACAGGAAGACCCUCGUCCUGGAGGAUGUCCCGGGCCUCGAACCAGGCGACAGCGUUGCUGGCAUCCUCCCGCCCUUCAAGGCCAACCUUGAGGCGCUCACCCGCGACGUCAGGUCGAGCCGGAAGGUCGUCACUGCGUUCAAGCUCACCAAGGCCCUGUUGCGCACCCUAUGGUGGCACGUCGCGGUGACCGCGUUCUACACGCUGGUCUACUGCGUCGCCGCCUACGUCGGGCCGUACCUCAUAGACUCCCUGGUGCAGUACCUGUACCUCAGCAACGACGAGAGGUACGCGGGCAAGGGGCAGCUUCUCGUGCUCGCCUUCGUCGUGGCCAAGGUGCUCGAGUGCCUGUCGCAGCGGCACUUGUUCUUCCGGCUGCAGCAGGCCGGGAUACGCGCGCGGUCGGCGCUCGUCGCCGUCGUGUACCAGAAGAGCCUCGCGCUCUCCAGCCAGUCGAGGCGGAGCCGCACGAGCGGAGAGAUGAUCAACAUCGUCAGCGUCGACGCCGACCGCGUCGGCAUCUUCUCAUGGUACCUGCACGAGGAAUGCUUGCUUGUGGAUUUGGCUUCAAAAACAGUGGUUUAUGUCACUCAUCAGAUUGAAUUCCUACCUGCCGCCGAUCUCAUUCUUGUCAUGAAAGAUGGGAGAAUAGCACAGGCAGGAAAAUAUGACGAAAUACUAGGUUCAGGUGAAGAGCUCAUGGAGCUAGUUGGUGCCCACAAGGAGUCCCUAACAACACUAGAUGUGAUCGACGCCAUGAAUAAUGGAGGCAAUGUAUCCUCCUCCUCCUCUCCCAGUGGCAGAGAGAAGCCUAAUCUGUCCAGAUCACUGUCAUUAGCUGAGAAGAAACAUGAAGCCAACGAUGAUGAAGGGAAUGAUGCUCGGAGUGGGCAGUUGGUGCAGGAGGAAGAAAGGGAGAAAGGCAGGGUGGGGUUCUGGGUGUACUGGAAGUACCUCACGCUAGCUUACAAGGGUGCUCUAGUACCGUUGGUGUUGCUAGAACAGAUGCUUUUUCAAGUAAUUCAGAUUGCGAGCAAUUACUGGAUGGCUUGGGCUGCUCCGGUGUCAAAGGAUGUUGAGCCUCCGGCUUCAACCGAUCAAAGUGAAGUGGACACCAACAUUGCUGACCAGAUGGGCACUGUUGCAUUUUCCAUAAUUCAGCUUGUCGGGAUUAUUGUGGUGAUGUCUCAGGUUGCAUGGCAGGUCUUUGUUGUUUUCAUCCCUGUAUUUGCUGCCUGUGUCUGGUAUCAGCGAUACUACAUUGACACAGCUAGGGAGCUGCAAAGGCUAGUAGGAGUUUGUUAUGCUCCUAUCAUACAACAUUUUGCUGAAUCAAUAGCAGGGUCAAGUACCAUUAGAAGCUUCGGCAAGGGAAAUCAAUUUGUGUCAACUAACAGCCGUCUAACAGAUGCCUACUCUCGGCCCAAAUUCUACAACGCUGGAGCAAGGGAGUGGCUUUGCUUUCGUCUGGAUGUGCUGUCAUCUCUUGUAUUUGCCUUUUCUUUGAUCUUUUUGAUCAAUCUACCGACCGGUCUCAUCGAUCCAGGUAUUGCUGGUCUUGCUAUCACAUACGGGCUUAGUCUGAACACGUUGCAAGCACAGGUUGUCUGGAGUAUGUGCACUUUGGAGAACAAGAUUAUAUCAGUGGAGAGAAUUCUACAGUACAUAAGCAUUCCUACAGAACCCCCGCUUGUCAUGUCAGAAAAUAAGUUGGCUCAUAACUGGCCAACAAAUAGAGAAAUUCAGCUCCAUAAUCUCCAUGUGAAAUAUGCACCACAGUUGCCAUUUGUUCUGAAGGGCCUUACAGUCACUUUUCCGGGUGGCAUGAAGACCGGUAUAGUUGGAAGAACAGGAAGUGGCAAAUCAACCCUCAUUCAGUCCCUCUUCCGUAUCGUGGACCCUACUGUCGGUCAGAUACUGAUAGAUGGCGUCGACAUCUGCACAAUUGGACUGCAUGAUAUGAGAUCCAGAUUGAGCAUCAUUCCACAAGAGCCGACGAUGUUCGAAGGAACUGUCAGAAGCAACCUUGAUCCUCUUGGGGAGUACUCUGAUGAUCAAAUCUGGGAGGCUUUGGAUUGCUGUCAGCUAGGGGAUGAAGUUAGGAAGCAGGAGCUGAAGCUUGACUCACCAGUGAUAGAGAAUGGCGAGAACUGGAGCGUGGGCCAGCGUCAGCUCGUGUGUCUUGGUAGGGUGAUUCUGAAACAGAGCAAGGUUCUUGUUCUGGACGAAGCCACUGCUUCAGUGGAUACUGCAACCGACAACUUGAUCCAGAGAACACUGAGGCAGCAGUUUAAAGAGACGACCGUCAUUACGAUAGUGCACAGGAUCUCGUCCGUUCUUGACAGCGACAUGGUGCUGCUCCUUGACAAUGGCGUGGCCGUCGAGCACGACAGGCCCAACAAAUUGCUGGAGGAUAAGUCGUCUCUGUUCUCAAAGCUCGUAGCAAAAUACACCAUGCGGGCGGCGCAUACAUAA